GAUCUCGAAGAUUACCCAAAAUCCACAAACAACCUCGAAUAACUCUAUAGAACACCGACAAAGCCCACCAUGCCAUACGCCUCCCACAGUCCACCCUUCACCACAUCCUCCUCGGCAGACUCAUCCCCAUCCUUCCCCCCUCAACCUCCAUUUCAUCCUCCUCAACCCUCACCCCAUCCUUCUCCAUCGCAAAGCUCUCCCCGCUCCUGCCCUCGCUCCCAACCGAGCCCCUCCCCGCCUCUCCCUCCACCUUCCGCAACGCCCUCGCCUUCCUCCUCCUCAAAACAAGAGCUUCUAACACGGCAUACGCCGCCAGCACAACCACAACAGCAAUCCCGACACACAACCCCGCUAUCGCCGCGGUCGAGAGCCCCGGGCCUGCAGACGAAGCAGACGGCGCAACGGGGAUCGCGGACUCGAAUACCGUUGCGACUUCACUUGAACCCCCUCUCUCAUUAUCAUUGUUACUGCCUGUUGAGACCACAGGCGUUGCGGACAGCGCAGGCGCGGACGCAGUAUCGAGCACCAGACUCGGCAUCGGGGCGCUGGAUCUGGCGAUGUUUGGAGACUGGAGUCCGUACUGCGCAUCUCGAAAGUCUCAGCGCGCGCGGCUUUGAUUCCGUAGGCGGCCCAGAUGGUGUUUGAGAAAAACAUGGCUGAUAGGAGAUGGGAGAUGGGUGAGUAGAGAGUUGGGUAGGAUUGAGCUUGGUGAUCCUUGAAGAAGGGUUACAAGAUAAGAGCGGAGAGAGAAAUAUGAAGAUGUCAAGUCAAUGGAUGCACGAUUUGGAGGCUGGAAAACAAACAAUCCCGGACCGUUCAACAGCAUGUCGUGCAGCCCACCUGCCGUGUAUCGAUGCUAGGAUCUGGAGGUUUAACGUCCCAUGUCAUCCAUGCACGUCCUCUGACAGAAAGUGUACAACGAGAUGUUCC